GGGUUGCAGGUUCGACAUGCCGUGCCAUGAAGUCGUCUACGAAGAUAAGGGCAAGAUAAAGAAGUGGAAUCGCCUCUCCAAGAAGAAUCGCGGACCUGCCACAGGCUGCACGGCUGGGGCAGGCAGUAAGUCGGCGGGCAACAGUCCCACUGAAACGCUGCAGCAACAAAUUGAUGCAGGCUUUCUGAUGCACCUGGAGGAGCUCAAAGAGUUUCUUAUGCUGGAGAAGAAUCUCACCCAGGAAGGACUAUUUCGCAAGACAGGAGCCGUUUCCAGGCAGAACGAGCUACGAAUGCACAUACAGCACGACCAGCCCUUGGAUUUGGAACUGAAAGGAUUCUCGGCUCACGACUGUGCCACUGUUUUUAAGAGCUUUCUGGCCGAGCUGCCAGAGCCUUUGCUUACAGACGCCCACUAUCCAGCACAUCUUCAGAUAGCGCCGCUUAGCCAGGCAUUAAUGGGGGUCAGGUGGCGGCUACCGCAGAGCGCCAACAACAUCUUCUCAACUCGGUGCAGCUGCUCCUUCUCCUGCUCCCCGAAGAGCAUCGCGAGUUACUGCAGCACAUUAUUAAAAUGCUCCAUUCGGUGGCAGCGCGUGAGGAGAGCAACAAGAUGUCCGCGGAGAAUUUGGCCAUCUUGUUUACACCGCACCUGAUUUGCCCCAGGCAAAUGCCGCCUGAGGCGCUCCACUAUACGGCGAAGAUGUCCAGCAUUGUGUCCUACAUGAUUCAGCAGGGUCUGGAAAUCUUCGAAGUUCCCGGAAAGCUAGCCACCGAUAUUCGGGCGUACUUUCUUGAGCGCAAACGCAAAAAAACCAUUUCACCGGAGCAAACCCUUGAAGAAUCCAUCUCGGACGACUCGACGGUCAACACGGUGUACACUUUUGUAGAUCGUGCCGCCACGGCAGCGGCAAACAACAGCAAUUACACGGACACUGCACUGGCGCAGCUGUACGCGCACAUUCAGAGCCUUCCGGAGUCCUCCAAGAAGCGUCGCCUCAUCAAGCAGCUUAACAAGCAAAACGGACAAGGCACACCGCUGCAGGUCAUCGCGAGGAGCUCCAGCGUGCCAUAAGGGAGCAUCACGAGAAGCAUGAUGCCAAAAUGAUGCGCGCCAUGGAGGAGGCAGAGCGUAAGAAGUAGAAAUCCAUAUGGAUCACUGCACCCAGCCGUUUCAUUAUAUAACACCAUUUCGAUCAUCCUGCAGCUAUGCCAUAAAUGCGGCUAAACUGAAACUGUAAACACUUUUGUAUGCGACGUAAUAAAGACUUGAAUGUACCCAAAGCACUAA